GCUAGACCACCGUGAUCUUGUGAUUCUUGCUCCCCUCUCCCCCCCAAAAAAAUUCUCAGUCUCAGCCAAACUCUCUUUGGUAAUCUAUCAACAAACACAGCCAUGGCUAUGCAAACCGGAGUGGGCUUGUCUAAGAUCUUGAUCCUAGCCGGCGCAGGUUACACCGGUACGAUUCUCCUCAAGAACGGUAAACUAUCGGAUAUAAUAGGCGAAUUGCAGUCACUGGUGAGGGGACUGGAAAAUUCUGGGGAGCAAUCGGAUGAUUCAGAUGCCCUUCUGGCUCAGGUCCGUCGCUUGUCAACUGAGAUUAGGCAACUGGCCUCAGCACGGCAGAUACAUGUUUUGAAUGGGGAUUCCGGCGCAGGUAAGUUAACCUCUCUUGUAGUCCCAGUCGCUACGUUGGGGGCAUUGAGUUAUGGUUACAUGUGGUGGAAGGGCAUAUCAUUCUCUGAUCUUUUCUGGGUAACAAAACGAAGUAUGGCAAUUGCUGUGGAGAACUUAACAAAAAAUCUGGAUUCUGUGUCAGAUGCUCUCUCUGCUGCAAAGAAGCAUUUGACACAACGUAUUCAGAAUCUGGAUGACAAAAUGGAAACGCAGAAGGAAAUCUCAAAGAGCAUUCAAGAAAGUGUAGAAGAGGCUCGUUCAAAUCUAUCUAACAUUGAAUAUGAUUUGGAUGCACUGCAGAGAAUGAUAUCUGGUUUGGAUGGAAAAAUAGGGUCAUUGGAAUAUAAGCAGGAUCUUGCCACUGCUGGUGUGUGGUACCUUUGCAACGUGGUUGGUGGCAAGAAAACAAAAAUGCCUGAAGCUCUGCAGGACCAACUUAAACUUUCUGUGAAAUCUCGUAAUUUACUCACAAAUUCAGGAACUCCGACUCCAAAGGGUCUGAAAGACGUUGCAGAUAUUUUUUCUGGAAGUGCGAAUAAUUCAGGGACAGAUGCUAUCGUGCAAGAAGGUAUUGAUAAUUUGGAUGAAGAGCCAAGAAGCCUGCAGAGGAGCAUUUCAGCUAGAUGAUGAUCACAUGUUCACGAUAAUCAUUUUCAGUGUGGCAGUUGAGAGCAUUUACCAAUAACAUAAUUUCACGUACAGAAUAUUUAGAGUAAACCGCAGUACAAAGGAUUAGCUUUCUAUUGGUUAUUUUACCCGUUUGUUAUGUACUUGUAACAGCAGUUGAUACUGUUGAAUCCUCAUAAGUUUGGCAAAUAUGAUAUCUUUUCAUCCUUUUGUUUC